UGGCCUAACGAAUUUGGUCGCUACCGGAUGUGACGCAUGAACCACAGAGGAAAGAUAUCUUGUGCACAUUUAUUACAAGAUGACGCAGAUUUGGACUUGCGUCUUGACGCUAUUUAGCGUGAAGUUAGUUGCGCUCGGCUUCGAGCCCGACUUCCUGUAUCCGCUGGAGAACGUCACGAUAGCUCAAGGUCGAGACGCCAUGUUCACGUGCGUCGUCAACAACCUGGGCGGAUACAGGGUGGCGUGGAUCAAGGCGGAUACAAAAGCCAUUCUUGCUAUUCACGAACACGUGAUCACCAACAAUGCGCGGCUCUCCGUCACACACAACGACUUCAACACGUGGACCCUCAAUUUGCGUGGAGUGAAGCGAGAGGACCGGGGUCAGUACAUGUGCCAAGUGAACACUGACCCUAUGAAGAGCCAG